AUGGACGGAACAAAAAAACAGUGGGUUAUUGGAUAUUUCAAAGAAGAACAUAAAUACUCUGUCAUUCCAGUUGAAUGGCUAGUCAGUACUGUUUCAAAUGGUAUAACUAGUUCUUUUUGUAAAUGGCCCCCACAUAGAGUUACGACAAUGAUGCUAAUGAAAGGUGGUAAAACCUCAGAAAAAUGGAAGUCAUAUCCAGUUAGAAUAAUAGGAACAUUUGAUUCAUAUGAAACCGCUGCUGCUAAAGAAAUUCAGAUAUAUAUGUCUGAAUCUGAAAACGAUGAAGACAUUUUAAGGCGAGGAAGACGGUUAAAGGUUGAUAAUAAAAAAAAUAGUCAAUCAUUGGAUAUUAAUAAUGACAGUAGUAACUCAAGCCAAGAAGAAUUAGUUACUAUGGGUGUCUAUAAAAAGUCAACUUCUGUUAAUGAUGAAACAUCAAAUUCUAUUAUGUCUUGUACUGAUUAUAAAGCAUUAUGUGGUGCUGUUGGAUCUUCGUUAAAUUCUGAUUAUAAAGCAUUAUGUGGUGCUGUUGGAUCUUCGUUAAAUUGUACUUCGUUCCUUAGUGGAGAUCAUUUUGACACUGUCACUGCUACCAUUCAAGAUAUAACACCAUCUACACUGCAACUGAUUGGAGAUAAUUUUGAAAAUGACACUGCUGCGAAGCAAAAUAUAAGUACACUGCAGCUGAUUGGUGACAACUUUGAAAAUGACACUGCUGCAAGUCAAAAUAAAAGACCGUCUACACUGCAGCUGAUUGGCGACAACUUUGAAAAUGACGCUGCUGCCAGUCCAAAUAUGAUACCCAUUACACCCCACACUGAUGUCGGACAUUCUUCUACCACUUGCAGUGAAUUCUGUAAUGCUACUAAUAUGUACCUAAAUAGAUUAGACAAGAAAUUGGAUCUUGUUUUAGAACGUUUAAACUAUAGCUCAAACAGUAUACGUGUUCCAAUAGACUUUGCUUUUUUGAAUAGUUUUCCAAUAAAGGAUAUUAAUGGUUUAAAAGAAAUUGAAGAACAAAUUAAGAGUGAAGAUUAUAAGACUAAAAUGAAAAAUUUGAUAUCUUCAAUUGGUGGUACAAGUACAAAAAAUUUUGUUAAGAGAGUACUUGGUCGAUUAUUUUGUAAUAAGUUAGCAUCAGAAUGUUCCUGGUCUGGUUUCAAAAAUAAUUUCCGACUCGAUAAUCUGACUCUUAUAAUGAUUAUUAAAGAAAUAGCUUAUGAACACUUUAAAAUGGAUGAUAGCAGUUUCGAAAACAUCAUUAAAGACUGGUUUAGACACGGGAGUCAACGUUUAGCCCGUGAAGAAAAAAGACUCUAAAAUUGUAAGAAUCAUAAUGUAUUAUGAUUGUAUGCCUAGAAAAUAAACUACUGCAUUAUUAUUUCAUAAAGUGUAGACUUUAGAAACGGACAGGAGAGGUAGCAGUGCCGCAAAUAGAGGGGCUUAGGGGGGCUUAGCCCCCUCAAAAAAUAAUAGUAUACCAUUCUUAAAAGUAUGUACCUAUAAAUUAUAAUUUUAAAAAAAAUGAGUUGGGGCUUGAGCCCCCCCUAAACAUUUUUCCUAUUUGCGCCACUGAGAGGUAGCAAGAUCACCUUCUUGUCUGUUAAGAUUUUAUGCUGCAACCAUGCUUACUUAGUUGCGUUUAGGAGCUUAGGCUAAUUUAUGUGUGGUUGGUAAAUAAUUUGUGUAGUGCAUUUAAAAAAAAAAAUCAUCUUUUAUAAAUUGGAACGCAUCUACAACCAGAUAACAGUAUGAAAUAAUACUGCUAAAUACUUUUACUUAGCUGAUAGACAAUCACAUUUUAAUGGUUAAAUUGUAUUAUAUAAAUAGCUAAAGUUAAAGUUUUUUAAAUAUACUUAUAUUAUAUUAAUUAAACAAAAAAACCUAACAUAUCUGUCUAUAUUUUUAUGAAUUUCAGUUUAAAAAAGCAAAACCACUUCAUUUAAUGUCAAGAAGACAUUUCAAUCGUUACACUACCACUACCAGUUUUAAUAAAGAAAAAGUUGGUGAUAAUCAAUCUACAAUAUUUGCAUCUGAAUGUUUGGUACCUACAAAAGAAGCUGUAGACAGUGGUGAUGUACUACCGCCAGAUGAACAUGAUAAAUAUUUUUUUUUUGUCUAACAAGAAUGUUAUUGUAUCUGUUGAAAAAAUUAUGCAACAUAGUAAUGGAAAAAUUUUUCUUGAAGUCAAUGAAUAUGAAAAUAUUUCUCCUAUUUUCACUAGUCCUUUGUCAUCAGAUGUCAUUGGAAAUUAUUUUGUAAAUACGGAUGUAAAAAAAUUAAAUUG